UUCAGUUUUCGGAGGUCGCGCUCUUUCUCUGGCCGGUGGGGCAGUCCCACGGCCGGGAACUGACUUCGUGAGUUCGGGCGACUCUUCUUUCUUCCUUAGGACCCACUUUACAGCCCCAGGGCGGCAGCAGCUAUGUCCGCGCUGCGAUCUCUUCUGCUUCUGCUGCUUCCCCUGUGUCCCGGUCCUGGUCCUGGACCCGGGAGCGAGGCAAAGGUCACCGGGAGUUGCUCUGAGACCCGGCAGGUGCUGGGGUCCCGGGGCUAUAGCUUAAACCUACUCCCUCCCGCCCUGAUCUCAGGUGAGCAUCUCCGGAUCUGUCCCCAGCAGUACACCUGCUGUACCAGUGAGAUAGAGCAGAAGCUCACCUGGGACACUGAGGCCACCUUCCGAGGCUUGGUGGAAGAGAGCGGUUCCUUCUUGGUUCAUACACUGGCUGCCCGGCACAGAAAAUUUGACGAGGUUUUUCGGGAGAUGCUUUCAUCAUCUGAACACUCCCUGGCCCUGCUCUUCCAACGCUCUUAUGGCCGCCACAUGUACGCUCAGUAUACCCCAUCAUUCAGUGGCCUGUUUUCUCGACUGCGGGACUACUAUGAGAGGUCCGGUGAAGGGCUAGAUGAUGCCUUGGCGGACUUCUGGGGGCAGCUCCUGGAGAGAGUGUUCCCCCUGCUGCACCCACAAUAUACCUUCUCCCCCGAAUAUCUCUUCUGCCUCACGCGCCUAGCGUCCUCUGCCGAAGACCUUCUGAAGCCUUUUGGGGACUCACCCCGCCGCCUCCGCUUGCAGGUAUCCCGGGCCCUGGUGGCUGCCCGGGCCUUUAUCCAGGGUCUGCAGACUGGAAGAGAUGUGGUCAGCGAAACUCUUAAGAUGCCUAUGUCUGAAGCCUGCAGGCGGGCAGUGAUGCGUCUGACCGGCUGCCCUUUUUGUCAAGGGUUCCCCUCGCUGCCACCCUGUCGGGACUUCUGCCUCAAUGUGGCCCAUGGCUGUCUCAGCAACCAAGCACUGGAUCCUGACUGGGGGAGCUAUCUGGAUGGUCUCCUGUUUCUAGCUGAGAAGCUCCAGGGCCCCUUUUCCUUUGAGCUGGCAGCCCAGUCUAUAGGGGUGAAGAUCUCAGAGGGUUUGAUGUAUCUUCAGGAAAACAGUGCAAGGGUGUCAGCCCAGGUGUUUCAGGAAUGUGGGGCCCCCCAACCCACUCUGGCUCGCACCCGCAGAGCCCCAGCCCCACGGGAAGAGGCUGGCCUGAUCUGGAACUCUGGGCCAGAGGAGGAGCAGCCCACAUCUGUGGCUAUGGGCUCGGGUCUACACGGGCUGGUGUGGGAGCUCCGACAGCGGGUGAGCCGGGUCCGGGGCUUCUGGGCCAGGCUGCCUCUGACGGUGUGCGGCGACUCGCGCAUGGCCGCAGACGUCUCACAGGAGUCGGCGCCCUGCUGGACCGGAGCCGGGCGGGGCCGGUACUUGUCACCGGUGGUAGGGGCCUCCCCUACUGAGCAGCAAGACAACCCUGAGCUGCAUGGGGAAGACUUGGGUCCCGACCUCCAGACGCGGAGGCGGAGGCUGCAGCUCCGGGCGGCUACAACCAGGAUGAAGGCUGCGGCCUUGGGAAGGGACCUGGAACGUGACGACUGGGAUGAGGAUACCAGCGGCUCUGGAGAGGGACAACACUAUGCAGAUGACUGGAAGGCUGGAACAGCAGCUGUUGCCCCCCCAGGCCGGCCUCCUAGACCUUCUCGAAAGGAUGGCUCUGGGGGCAGAGGAGGAGGUGUCAUUAUCCGCCACAACCAGGGCAGGGGCAGAACUGGGGGGACAUCUGUUGGUUUUCAUUCCCAGCCCAUUCUCAUUCUCUUCCUCUCAGCCUUGGCCCUGCUUGGGCCUCGAUAACAGGGGAAGGGUGCCCUAGCAUUGGAAGAGUCCAGAGCCUUCCCCUCCCCCCAGCUGAGUCUGGGGAGGAG